AUGUCUAGGUCGACGAUUGUCAAGCUCCGUUGCAUGCACUGUCGCAAGGCGGCCGAGCUUACUCGGACGGACGACCUCAAAGACGCGGGUAUGGUUGAGGUCGGAUACAACCUGUAUUACUGCUUCCCAUGCGCCAAAGCGACUGGGCACCCGAAGGCACAGGGGGUUACACAGCCGCCGAGGGACGCCGAAUGA